ACCGGUGUGACGCGCUCCGUUCGACGAGAUUUACGAGAUGAUCAACAAGAUUCGCGAGUGAGAGGACGUACGAAGAGGAGCAGCGAACCGGGAAGCGGCGGCGAGACCGAGGACAAGCUGAAGAGUAGACACGUGCGUGAGAGUACCAUAUUCCAGAAACAUUACUGGCAUCCAAGGAUAUCGUCUUCGGUCGGUACGGAGAAACAGCGAGAACACGCCGAGAACACGUUGGAAAAGGUAGAAGAGCGCCACUACGGCAGUGCACUGCCGGAAGAAUUCACAUCAAGACUGACGGAGGACAGCGUGAGGCGGCCAUUAUACGGCGCGAGCGGCGCUACUCAUCGGGUGGAGAACAGCUGGUGGCCGGGCGACCAGGGCGGAGGGAGUCACGCGAUAAGGGAGCGUGAUAACAACGCCGCGGUGGCGGGUGAACUGGUUUCUCGUAUCGCGGGCUGCCUGAAUAUGGCGGGUUACCUGAAGGCGGCGGGCGCGACCUGCGCCUCGACCGGAAACCCUCAUCAAUACCACCCACACGGACACCCGAUGGGGGUUGGCACCCAUCCGCAUCCUCACUCACAUCCGCAUCCCGGCGCGCAUCCCGGUUUGCCGUCGCACUUCGCCCUCACCCCGCACGCCCAUACGCAUCAUGCGCUGGAACACGGUCUGGCAGCCGCGUUUCCGCAAGCAAAUCAACAAAUUUCUUACGUACCAAACCAACAAACGAAUUACCAUCAAUUUGGCAACGGGUUUAAACACAGGAUACCGAGAUACCAUCCGUACUACAUUCGCGAAGGAAUGAAUCAACGCAAACAACGUCGCGAGAGGACGACCUUCACUAGAGCUCAACUGGAUGUGCUGGAGGGGCUAUUCUCGAAAACGAGAUAUCCGGACAUCUUUAUGCGAGAGGAGGUUGCCCUCAAGAUCAACCUGCCGGAGUCGCGAGUCCAGGUCUGGUUCAAGAAUCGCCGAGCCAAAUGCAGACAGCAAUUGCAGCAGCAUCAACAACAGCAGCAGCAGCAGCAGCAACAACAACAACAGCAGACCCCACCGUCGAAGGGCUCGCCCAGAUCGAAUCAGAAUCACAGCAACAGCAGUACCGGCAGCAGAAUAUCGACGAGCUCGUCGACGACGCCGAGUAGGCGAUCCUCGCCGGAUUCUCCGGCGCAGGGUCGGGAGGCACCGGUAGCCGGCAACUCACCCUUGUCGACCCCGCUCCUGUCGACGCAGUCGACGUAUCCUCGGGUCGGAACGACGCCAACCGGUGGCAGCGGCGCCAACAGCAAUCUGACAACCCCGUCGCCGCCAUUGACACCGAGCUCCAAUCAACUGCAGCCGUCGUCCUAUCCGAGCGCGAUGAAUCAGAUUCAUCACGGCGAGACUUACAGCUUCGGCUGGAGCUCGGCGGGGUCCGCUUCUGUGAACCACAGCCAGUACGCCGGCCAGGGUUACAACGCUUACGCUCAGACCCCGGGCGUGUACGGUGGCGACUAUUAUCAGGCUCAAAUCCCCCACAUGCACCAUAGCCCGCAGGCCAACUACCAUCAUCCGCAGUAUCAUCCCAACAUGACGCUGACCCCGUCCAUGUCACAUCUGACCAGUCAUCACCUGAAUCCGGUGACCACCCAGACGCAAGCCACCAGCAACGAUUUAGCGACCGCCGCCGCCGUCGCCGCUGCCGCUGCCGCGUCGGGCGACGAAGCCGCCGGUUACGUGCUGCCCGAUCAGAAGUAUUCGCCAUUGGUAUAGCGGUCCGGCAGGUCCUCCGGGAUCUUUCAGCGGGGCCAGGAGACAACGAGCACGGCCGGCACCUCGAUGCCCUAUCACUGGCGACUGAACACAGCGAUUUGUCACGAGAUCAACGGUAAUCUCGACUCCGACGACAAUUGAUCGUACGAAAAAGGGACUUCGCCGAAGCAACGCUAAUAUUAUAGAUGUGCUCCAGACUUGAUGGGUAUGGUAAUUGAAAUCAGUGUGCGUGAAUCAGUUACACGAACGUUCUCCAUCCGGAAUGUCUGUGACGACAAAAUUUGCGAUAUUAAUAUCGCAACAAUACGCGUUCGAAUUAAACUUAACGGAGAAAACAAUAAUAUCUGUGGCGACCUUAUUUUAAUUCGAUACCAUUUUACAUUUAUUACAAAGCAUCUUUUCAGAUAACGCGCAUGCACGCGCGAAUAAAAAUUGAAAACUAAAAAAAUAUACAAGAUGAAUCAGUAAGCAGGCAAUAUGUAUCUCUAUGAUGCACCAAAGCGCAAUUGUAUAUUUUCUAAAUGAAACUAUAUGUUGUUUUUACAUAAAUUGAUUUCUGCAAUAAUUCUUUCUAGGAGAGCGAUCUUUACAUAUCGUUCUAUAUAUAAAAAUUGUAGAGAUUAUAGAGAAUAAUUUACAAAAUAUUUUGUCUUUAAUUCCGCGUAUUUUGUUACAUACUCCAUAUGUAAUUUUGUUUAUCAACAUCAUUACGCAUGUAGAAAAAAUAACUUUGCAGAAAGUUAAACACAAUUCUUAAACUUUUUCUCCUAUUAUUUCGUGAAUUUAUUAAUGAAAAACGUUAUUUUUUAAAUUAAUUCACAAGAUGUUUCGUAUUUAAUCCCAAGUGUGCGUAAUUUCGUCUUGCAACAUCAUUGCGUACGUGGAGGUAAAAGUUUUUACAGAAAGUUAAAUGCCAUUAAACUCUGUAACUUUUACCCCUAUCAUUUUGUGCAUUUAUUAAUAAAAACAUUACUUUUUUAUUAAUGAAUUCUUUCACAGAUGAUUAAUUAAAUUUGUUUUGGAAGAGAGAAAAUGCGAAAUUUACUCUUUAGCCGAUUUUAAUUAUAUUCCAGGAAAUAUUUCAUAUUCCACAAACAUGUUGAUAUAUCGAACAUGUUUUUGACUUUCUUUAAUGUAAUGUUUAUAGUUCACAAAAUGUAGGUAUUAAUCAUUGACAUGCAAAUGUUUAGUCAU